GGCUGCGGAGAAACUUCGAGAACAAAAGAAUCUGUAGCCGCGAACUUUGUUGGUUUUGCGUGAGCCAUACUGUACAAUUGUUAUUUCAACAAAUAAAGAUAUUGUUUGGAAAUCAGGAUUCGACAUUCAGCAACCAGCAGAACUAACCCCACCAGCCAUAUAUAGGAACAGCAGGUCGUGAAUAGCACAUAUUAAGCGAUGCAAACAAAUCUACUGCUCCUGACUAUUCCAGACUGCCGACCAGUUAUAAAGAGUUCUAUCAACUUCUGUGGGGUCAGCAAGGCUCUGGAGACAAAAUACAGUGUCUUACGACAGAAGCUAUUGGUUGAUUGCUUGCGAAUUAGGAUGGGAACUGACCAAUUGGAGGCCAUGUCUCAAAACGAUAAGCAGCAAAAAGUGAUGAUCCUGGAUAAUCGAGCUGUGGAACAAAUCCAAAUAGGCAAGAUAAUGCCAUCUCUCUUAGGGGAGGGGUUUCACCUGCAAGUGACUGUCACCCAAAUGAUGGGGUUGUGUAAGCAUGUCUUCCAAAACACGGUCAAGGGUCAGCAAGUCAUAGGAAGUGCCAAAACCAAGGAGAAUCUUGACCAGCUGUUGCUGACAUUCUGCAUAGACUAUCAGAAGUUCUCGGGAUCUGUCACUCCUGCACUUGUGGAUUUGAUGUCUGGUCAGGUGACGAGAGCCAUGCAGUUAGUCCUGAAGGACAGUCUGGUGAACUACCUAGUGAACGUGGUCCACAAGCACCUGUUUGCUACCAUCACCAACUGCAUGAAGAGAAAUGACUCAAAUCUGAACAAGAAGAACCCUAACUUGGUGGAGACACGUCUAGUACACCUGCAUAUGCGCGCACGAGUACGAGGAGAAUUUGCCGGGCUCACGGAAAGAGCUGUCCAAGCUGAACGACUUCAGUACGCCUCUCGAGCGUCUACAGUGCUUCAAACAUGUCGUGACGCUUCGUACGAGGCCUGUGGAAGCUGCAAAAAGUGAUGACACUCUCCAUUUGGCCGCACUAUACGUCCAGGCAGGACUAAUAGACAUUUAAUCCAUGAACGGUUGCCUUGCCGAUGCCUCCGAUGUCCUGGGCCGCACUCCACUGCACAUGGCGGCAUUGAAGAGACAUCAAAACA